CUUAUAGUAAGAUGAAGACUCUCCAAUCAACUCUUCAAGUCAUUACUGUAUUUGUUUCCAGCAUCGAAGUUUGUGUGACAAGGAAGAGGAAGAGGAAGAGGAAGAGGAAGAGGAAGGAGAAGGAAGUUCUCAGGAGGGAGAAACUGUGAAAUAAUGGUAGAGACGAACGAACCUCCACAGGUGGUGCCACCACCUCCAUCACUUGCAGCACCAAGAGGUGGUCCUGUCUUUCCCCCAGCAGAGCAGCUUAACCAGCUUCAUUACUGCAUCCACUCCAAUCCUUCAUGGCCGGAAACGGUUCUUCUGGCUUUCCAACAUUAUAUUGUGAUGCUCGGAACUACGGUCAUGAUUUCUUCUCUUAUUGUUCCUCAAAUGGGUGGAGACAAUAAAGAUAAAGCCCGUGUGAUUCAGACAAUGCUAUUCAUGGCUGGAAUCAAUACACUUCUUCAAACAUUUCUUGGGACGCGACUUCCUACAGUGAUGAGUGCAUCCUCUGCAUAUAUGAUACCAGUUAUGUCUAUUGUCAAUGAUUUCUCUAAUAGUGUCUUCACAGAUGAGCAUGAGGUAUGUAGAACACAAAGUGCGGCACUUGAUUAUAUUUAUUGGAUAUGUGCUUAUUAAGUUCACCCUUAAGUUUGAACUUCAUCAAGGUUCACCUCUACCAUAGGCAGAUGGAGUGGUUCCGUGUGAUGGGGAACCUCACACCCAUCUCAGUAAUCAAAUUUCAUCCCCAAACAAGUAGGGGAAAUGCAU